AUGGACCAGGAUAUAUCCCGCUGGUACAUCUGGGAUGAUCUUGCUAGAGAUUUCGUCAGGCAGUUCCAGUACAACAUUGAUAUUGCUCCAGAUAGGAACUCAUUGACAAACUUGAAAAAAGAAAUCAUCAGAAAGCUUCCAAGACCUGUUCCUCAAACUAGGCAAAACCCAGCGUCACCCGCUUACAGAGCCGGUACCCGAUGCGCCUAUCACUCAGGGGCAGAAGGGCAUGACACGGAUGAUUGCUGGACCCUAAAGAGAGCCGUGGAGAACUUGAUAGAACAAAUGAAGAUAGUGUUGAGGGAAGAAGAUGUUCCCAAUGUGACCAACAACCCACUGCCAGCCCACAACAACGGGACGGUAAUUGGAAUGAUUUUUGAGGAUAAGGAAUUUGACCCAGCAUUGAAGGCCAUCAUUGCCAUUGCUGACGAAGAAAAGAAACCAAAAGCUGUCCCGAAGAGAUUCGAGCUGAACAAAACAACCCAGAUGUAUGUGCCCAAGGGGGCUUAUGUGAUGCGGGGGCCAAUUAAGUCAUCGAGGCUGAAUGAGCCCGUGGUUAUUGGACGCGCGCCACAGAAGCCCAUGAAAUAUCCUACUGUUGUGCCCUGGAACUACAACAAAACGGUGGUGACCUAUAAGGGCAAAGAAAUCUCAGUAGAAGUUCAAGAAAAUAACCCUGUUGAAAAGUAUUCCAAUUUGGAAGAGGUGAACAACGCUACUAGAAAGCGCUUCCCACUUAAGAAGCCCGUGAGUGCCAAAGAAGCGGAGGCUUUCUUUCAAAACAUGAAAAUGGCAGAUUAUGAGGUGAUUGACCAGCUUCGAAAAUUUCCCGAACAAGUCUCCUUGUUGGCUUUGUUGAUGAAUUCCGCUGAACAUCAGAAGGUAUUGAUUAAGACCCUUAACGAAGCAUAUGUGCCUGUUGACACUUCUGUAGAGCAGUUGGAGAGAAUGGCAGAAAGUUUUUUCGCAAUCAACCAGAUCACUUUCAGCAAAAAUGAUUUGCCCUCAGAAGGGGCCACACAUAACAAAGCCCUGCACCUAACAGUCAAAUGCAAAGGGCACUACGUGAAAAGGGUUAUGUUGGACGGAGGCUCUGGAGUAGACAUUUGCCCACUUUCAACUCUACAGCGCAUGAAAAUCGGGACCGAAAUAAUCCGACCCAACAAUGUCUGCGUACGUGCCUUCAAUGGCAUCAAAAGGGACACAAUUGGAGAGAUCGAUCUAAUUCUGACCAUCGACCCAGUAGACUUUGAAAUGGUGAAGUUUGAGCAUGAGGAUCAAGAGAUCGUGGUCUACAGAGAAGAUGAACAAUCAAUUUAUCGGGACCCAUCAGUCCCAUGUCUUGAAGCAAGAGAGGGGAGUGAGCACAUAGUUUAUCAGGCUUUUGAAAUUGUGGUUGCAGACCAGUACAAAGAAGGAAACCCUUGCCCCCAACCCUUCCUUUCUAAUGCAUCAAUCAUGGUGGCCAAAGAAAUGAUCUGA